GCAGCACCGAUCUCCAAGCCGAUUACUUCUAUGUUAUUGUUGAAUGUUAUCGCUGUCAUUGACCAACGAGACAGCUCGUAGUGUACAAUGUGUAGUGAAAUUUUCAAUUUGGCAAUAUAAAAGUGUUUAACAAAAUGGAUUCGAGUCUACAAUUUCAACAAAGAUUUCACGAAAGACAUCAUGAAGGGAUUCAACAACAAGAACAAGCCGUUAAAUGGUAUAACAGGAAUCGAAGGCACCACAGUCUAAAUGGUCUAGCUCAUCUUAAGAACUUUAGAUAUGAUGGAAGUGACGGUGAACCCAGUCCGCGUAGUCCCUUCGAAUCAUUAACUGGUUUGUGGGACGGAUUAUCGAUAGGCGACACCAUCAAGGCAGCAGCAGCUAGCGAUUCGGCAGCGGCUCAUCAUCCGUCGGGAAUCCACCAUCAUCAUCAUCCUCAUCACGCGGUAACGAGCAGCGGCCAAAUGUCGGACCAGUACGGUGGAGGCCUCGUGGGUGCGGCAGCGGCCGCCCAGUACCCGGUGCAGCAUCAUCCGCACGCGCACGCAGCGGCCCACCACCAUCACCAUCAUCAUCAGUUGACGGGCCACGGGGCGCUCAGCAACGGGGCCUACGCGGCCGGAGCCGUGUCGGCGGCCCACUCGGCCUACAUGCCGAGCCACGGCAUAAUCAACCACGCGGCCUACCACCCCUACGCCACCAGCUCCGGGGCCAAUAUCGGCCUGGAGUCAAGAAACUUGGUACCCUCAGCCUAUCCGCAAGUACGCCUGUAUGAUGUUGCAGCGGCUAUGAAUAAUCGAAAGCAGAGGCGGGAGCGCACCACGUUCACGAGAACCCAGCUCGACAUCUUGGAGACACUUUUCGCCAAAACCAGGUAUCCGGACAUCUUCAUGCGCGAGGAAGUGGCGAACAAGAUUGGCCUGCCAGAGUCUAGGGUACAGGUAUGGUUUAAAAAUCGACGCGCCAAGUGCCGGCAGCAGGCGUCGCAAGAAACCGCCGCAGCCGCCUCGGCCUCGCAAAAUGCCCAUUCCAUGUCCCAAAACUUCGCCAUAAGAAACCAGAGGAGGUCAACCUCGUCGCCUCCGCCUCGCAACGGCAUCACGACGAGUAGCAACAACAAUAACAACAGCAAUCAUCACAAUAACAACAACAACGAUCCGAAGAGCAGCAACAACAACAACGUCGUCGUGAAGACGGAGUCUCAGAGCUUGGCCUCGCGGCAGAGCUCGCCCAGCAACGGCCAGAACAGUGUGGCGGUCUCGGUGGCCGCCGCCGUCGCGGCCGCGACAGCUGUGUCCCAGGCGGCCGUCGCCUCGACCUCGACCAGUCCGGCGAUCAAAUCGCAGCAAACGUUGUCAGUAUCGGUCGAAGCGACGACCGCAGCUGGAAACAGCACGAGUAAUAGUAUCUCGCAGCAGCAGCAGCAGCAGUCAUCGGUGCCAGCGAUUCCAGUAUUGACGACGACCAGUUACUCGGCUGAUCAGGACUCGAGCUCGAGCAAUAACGUGACCCCGUCGCCGCCCUUGACGCCCCAGGUUCCAGCCGGAGGUGUCGCCGCCGCGAUGGGCCAACUGUCCCACGUGAACUACGCCAACGCCUACGACAACUACAGCUUCUAUCAUCAUCAGCAGAAUCAGGCCUACUACAAUCAGCAUUACUUCCACCAGCAGCAGCAGCAACAACAUCAUCAGCAGCAGCAACAGCAGAUGCAGCAACAUCAACAGCAGCAGCAACAGCAGCUGAGCUACGCGGCUGCCAAUCAUCACGCGUUCCCGUCGACGAGCAACGCGGCGGUCGUGGCCAACAAUCACGCGGACUACACCGGUCAAUACGUCAGUGGGUCGUAUUACAGUCAUCAAUAAGUUAGCUUGGAGCCGACUCUUCCUAACUUUGCUUUACCAAAUUUUCCCGUUUUCGCGCCGUGAUAUAAACUCUUAGUCUGUACUUGUAAAUUCUAAGGUGAAUCUCCGAGCAACUCGUUAGUGAGUGACAUAUGUGAAAGAGAUUUGGCUAUUUCUUUUGCCCCCACAUCCCCUUGUGGGAAUGAAAAUAUGAGCCGAUGGUCAACGGCGAUUUUUCGAAAGGCGAAACAAGUCCCGAUUUUUUCCGUGAACUAUAGGUACCGCUUUGGAAUGGGAUUGCUGUGUCGC